AUGGCGAAUCCAGCGCAACGAAAGCGAUGGAUUAUGAGCUUUACGUCAAUGGCUUCACGGAUUUACUUCCUCUUGAUCAUACUCCAGAUCCCUCUCUUCAGGGUUCCAUGUAGAUCUGGUAUGUGUAUGUCGCCUAUCCAUGUGACAUCCUCUCAGUUGAUUGCUAGUGAGAUCUUUCCUGUUCCGGUGAUCAAGGCUCUCUUAUACCCUGGUGCUGUUCUCAAUGGUCUUGCCAGGAACAUGACGUUUCCAAAAUGGGAUAGAGUCUUAGAUAUCUAUAACCUCACCAAUGUCAAAGAAGCAUCUGCAGUGCCCGAUCUUCAGCGCCUAGAGGUUCUUGCAGGGAGCUACUUUUCUGUAGCUGGGGCGUUUGUGGGUUUGCUAAAGCCAGGUAGGAUGAGCAUGUUUGGGUCAUUGCUACUAGUUUGGGGUCUUGUCAAAGAAGGGAUCUUACGGAAGCCAGUGAAUACCGACCCAUCGAGAACCGUGUAUGUGUACCCAACCAUGGUGUUUGCGAUGGUCUGCGCUUUCUCUAUGAUUAAGUAUGACUUGAAUAAAGCCAAGAAGGCCGCUCCUGCUCGUCCCAUUGCUAAACCUCUUAUGAGCUCUGCAAAAUCUAAGCUCAAGUGA